AAAAAAUGAAAUGAUUAAAAAAAGGCCCCACUCAUUAAAAACUCCAAAAAUGCCGCCAAGAAAAAAGCCAGCCAGAAGUCAAAGCAAACGGACAAAGAAGAAACAGAUUUCAUUCAAUAAUAACAAAUGCAAAGAUUUCAAGGAGCCACACUCUGCUCAUACCAAAUCAGCGAAAAAUGUUACAACACGUAAAAAAGUUGUUUGUAAAAAAGAUCCAACAAUGUAUAAAAAUACAAUCCGUUCGCUAGGACUUACUUCAAAAGAAAAGUCUUACAUAAUAUCAAGUUUGCAAAACAAAUCUUCUCGAUAUACAAAAUUAAAAGAUCUUGCUUCUAAGGCGAAACGGGAAAAUAAAAUCUUUUCCAUCUUCGGUACGUGUAACGCGGUGCGUAAAGCUUUAGUACAAAGGGGGUGGGUCGAAAAGAUUCCACCAAAUAGAAUUAAUAUGUUUAGAAUAAAUAGUGGGAAAAAAAAUAGCAAAACCGAUAUACAUUACGAGCUGGAGAGACUUAUGCUGUCGAAUUUAGUUGAGAAAUGCAAUCCUAAUUUCGUUUGGCGUGACACUCAGCAAGAUUAUGACACCGCCAUCGAUAUGAAGAAUGAAUGUAAAACUAUUGUAAAUAAACUUAAAGCAGACGCCUUGUGGACGACAAAACAAGGUUUGUGCACAUAUAUGAAGAUUAAUUAUUGGUUUUAUAUAGAAGACGUUGCCGAAGUGUGCUGUCCUCGGUCUUAUAAUAGUUACGAUACUGGAGAAAUAGAAGAAUUUAUAGCAGACUACAGAAUAACAGCGUGCACUAGUCUUAUACAAUGGGUUAUAUCUAUGCUUGCAAAUAAUGUUACGAUCUUUACUGAAACAGGAACCAUCCCAAUUAAGGUUAUUACCUUUGCAUUGAACAGAUGCAAAGAAUAUUUAUUACAGAAACGUAACAGAGAUAUUGAUUAUCCAAUUAAACCUGUGAGCACUAAACAAUGGAAUGCUUUUUUAAAAAAGUACUAUCGCCUUAUAACUAACAAAGAGCUAUUUGAAGCUGAUAAAGAAAACAGACUACUUCUUUAUAUUGGAUAUGCUCAAUUUAUAUUGGAAAAAAUGUAUAUUUAUCGUCCACAAGUAAGAUGUGAAGGCUAUCAAAAUAUUUGGAUUAUAAAGCCUGGACAUUGGUCAAGAGGCAGGGGGAUACGAAUGGCCUCUAAAUUAGGUGUUAUCACAGAACUAUUAAACAAGGCCAAUGCUAAGUACGUCGUUCAAAAAUAUAUUGAAAAACCAUUGUUAAUUCACGAAACAAAAUUUGAUAUACGACAAUAUUACCUGGUAACUAAUACAUAUCCUCUGGUUAUAUGGAUGUAUAAAGACUGCUAUUUGAAGUUUAGUUCCCAAAAAUAUAACCUCGAUAACUAUCACGAAUCUAUACAUCUGACGAACAACGCGGUUCAAAAGAAAUAUAACAAUUAUGCUGGUCGACAUCCAGAGCUACCUAUGAAUAAUAUGUGGGAACUAAAUAUGUAUAAAAAAUAUUUGAGUAAAAUUGGUGGCGAUGGAGUAUGGGAACAUAUUAUUUAUCCCGGUAUGAAGAAAUCAAUUAUUGGAAUAAUGCUCAGCGGUCAAGAUUCUUUGCCGUUAUGUAAGAACCGUUUUGAGCUCUACGGCUGCGAUUUCUUGCUCGACGAGGAAUAUACACCAUGGCUAAUUGAAAUAAACUCAUGUCCUGAUCUUACUAAUACGACAGAGGUGACCGCUAAGAUCUGCCCAGCUGUUGUGGAUGACGUUAUUAAAGUUGUUUUAGAUCACGCCAUUGAUCCAAAAGCGCCCACUGGAAUGUUUGAGUGUAUCUACCAACAGCCAAUGACUGUACCAAGAUUUAGCACAUCAACAGAACUUGUUGUACGAGGAUAUCCUCUACCCAACGAUUAUUUCUACAAAGGCAAUCCAUCAAUAAAUCAAAUAAAGCAUUUUGGAGAUUCUAGUGAUGAAAAUGAGGAUGAAUCGUCUUUUAACAAACUUAAAUCAAUCUACAGCGACGAUGCAAUUCAAGAUCAAUUUUGUGAUAUGAAUUUUAAUGACAACAAAACGGGACACAAAAAACAAUCCGGCUUCACCAGUGAUAGUGAAAAUUUUGAUAGAAACGAUUCUGAUAUUUUCCCUAGUGCAAUAACAGAUAUACUACGUACAAAGAAAAAAUCCUUAUUCCAAUCUAAUGUCCUUUCAAAUUUAAAUCUAUUUAAUGCUAUUUUUAAUCAGAGUUUGAACCAAUAUCCAAAAAAGUAUAAAAAAUAUCAAAAACCAAGUCAUAGAAAUAUGAAAGACAGAAAGAACAGUAAAUCGGUUACUAAAUCUUUUGACAGUAGUUCUGGAAAGAUUGAUAACAAGCUAAAAGAUUAUGUACUCCAAGCAUCCUCAGAUAUUUUAACAUUUAUUAGUGAAAAAGAAAAAGUGUAUAACGCUAUGUAAUUUGUCGUCAUUUUUUUUAAACAUUAAAAUUUCAUAAAACUUCUGUUAUGAAACCAAUAUACAAAUAAAAUGCGUUCGUUAUUUUCUAUCAUGUUACCGUAUUUAACUGCACUGGUACUAUUGGAAUAUAGCAUUAUUUAUUCUAGGACUAAACUAAACUUCGUACAUAAGCCAACGUAAAUCGUCGAAAGUAAUAUUGAAUGGUUACGUCUUGAGAU